CGCUCAUUGCAACACCGAAUAAGUGCACAAUGGGACUAAACAAAUGUUUGCUCCUCGUAUUUUCAUUGGUUCUUGGACUGAACCGGAGUGUCAACCCGGCAAACUCUAAUGUGUUCCCCACAAAAGCUGAUCUGCCUUUGUACUUGAGAGCCUUGGAGAAAAUAGUACAUAGUGCGGGAACACCACAGAACAAGAUUGACGGAAAUUUCGGACUUGGACUGUUCAUUGUAAAUGUGAAUUUGAAAAAUGUGAUGCUCAAAAGGAAUUCAAGCUUACCGCUUACUUUGAAGGUGGAAAUACAAAAGAUUUUGAACAUAAAUAAAGUUUUACUGAGCUACUUUAAGUACAUGAGGACCAACAAAUACGAUAACUAUGAGUUUACUUAUUUAUUCAUAGAUGAGGACAUUUGGGCGGAGAGACUCCAGAAAUUCAAGGCGGUGUCCGACGUACAUCUGCAUGGAUUUACCGAGGAGUACCUGACCGAGGAAUACUCCAACUGGACCUGGUACGAAAAGAGGAUACUGGACUUUGAUAAUAGCAUACCGAACCCGGAUCAGUCAGAUGCCUGCAUGAGUUUUCUGAGGUGGAAUCCUGCGAAGUCAGGCAUACACCCUUAUAAGUGCUCUACUCCAAACGAAUGUCUGAGCUUUGUGGAGAAUGGCUCUGACUUUGGGUACUCUCUAGUCCACAGGGUAUUAUUCCUCCUGGUGGCGCGCUACAGCAGAGGCUGCUACGCGUUCUCGCCGCAGCUGGACGCGGCAUUCAUCGACAAGAUGUGCAACAGCAUCUACGAGGAGGCCUCGUACAUAGUGAUGAACAAGUUCAAGUCGCCCGACCUGUUGAUGGAACAAAUGUCCACAUGCUCCCUGGCCGGCCAUGCGGAGUUCUUCCAGCGCACUUGGCUGAGCCGUCUUCUAAAACAACAGACACCGUUCGGCUGCUUCACCACCUACUUGAACACAGUAUACAACCGUGUGCAAGUUGGACCCUCCACGGUCCUUUGUAAUAGCCAUGUCAGCGGAGUAGCUGCUGCGGCUCUGAGCGGCGUAGUCAGGUUCAUCAUAGAGACACACUUUUAAAGAAAAACACAUCUGUCAAAGUUUCUUCAAA